CUCAUUCUGAGCAUCCUUCCCCUCCUCCUCCACCUCCUCCGCUCUCUCUCUUUCUCUCGCUCUCUCCAUCUCUCCGUUUCCCUCCUCCUCCUCCCCCCCUUUAGAUUUCCAGCUGCAAAACCUGACGGCCUGUUUUUUUUGUUUUUGUUUUUUUUUUUUUAAGAUAAUUUGUCCUCUUCACCCCCUUUGCCCUCUUUCUGACACCCCAGUCUUUCCUCUUUCAUCCCAUUUUGGGGCUCCCUUCACUUUAAUUUAUUUUUUCUUUUUUUUUUCCGUCCAGUGUUUUCCCCUUAUAAUUUCUACUUCAUUUCUGCUUGUAUUUGUAUGUGUGUAUCUUCUUUGUACUCUCCUGCUCCUUGAUACACUUACCUCUCAUCUCCAUCUCAGGCAUUUUCAUAUUUGCAACCUGUCUUUUCCAUGUACAUACACUGUACAUAUAUCCAUAAAUGCAUUUAAUUAACAUAAAUACUCCCUAUUGCUUUUAAUACCAUUAUUGCAUCUCUCUGUCUUCCUCAGUCCAUUCUUUUUCCUGUCAUCUCCCCCUCUCACUCUCACCCCUGCAGUGCAAUCUUCCUUUUCCCCAAUGUGAUUAGAUUCUAUUCCUUCUCCUGGUGUUUUUUCUCCCGGGGAUUUUCGAUGUUCAGAUUUACGUCUUAGCUGUGGAAUGAUGUUCUAUGCUCCCUUCAGAGAUGCUCGAGGACCUCCCAUGCAUCGUAUGCCCUAUGUCACCUCUCCAUACGACCGUCCAGCCUGGAACCCAAGAUACUGUGUCCUCUCUGGAAAUCAGCUUCUCAUGCUUGAUGAGGAGGAGGUUCACCCGCUGUUGAUACGUGAAAGGAGAACUGAUCCAACCAGAACAAAGUUCCUAAGGCGCACAGUCAGUGUCCCCGUGGAGGGGAAGCAGCCUGACGAACACGAUUAUCACCUUGCACGUUCCCGGAGGAAAAGCGUCCCAGGGGGAAAACAGCCCAGUAUGGACGCCCCUCCCACCGCCCCCUUUCGACCGUCGCAAGGAUUCCUGAGCCGUCGCUUGAAGAGCUCUAUAAAGAGGACAAAGAGUCAGCCCAAAUUAGAUAGGACCAGCAGUUUCCGGCAAAUAUUGCCAAGGUUUCGAAGUGCUGAUCAUGAUAGGGCACGGCUCAUGCAGGCCUUUAAAGAGUCACACUCUCACGAGUCCUUGCUUAGUCCUAGCAGUGCUGCAGAGGCUUUGGAUUUGAACUUGGAUGAGGAUUCUGUGGUGAAGCCUGUACACAGCAGCAUCUUGGGACAGGAGUUUUGCUUCGAGGUGACCACAUCAUCAGGUACCAAAUGUUUUGCCUGCCGUUCUGCUGCUGAAAGAGACAAAUGGAUUGAGAAUCUUCAAAGAGCUGUAAAGCCCAAUAAGGAUAACAGCAGGCGGGUAGAUAAUGUCUUAAAGCUGUGGAUUAUUGAAGCCCGUGAUCUUCCCCCCAAGAAGCGCUAUUAUUGUGAGCUCUGUUUGGAUGACAUUUUGUAUGCCCGUACCACCAGCAAGCCUCGGAAUGACACUGUCUUUUGGGGGGAACACUUUGAAUUUAAUAACCUUCCAGCUGUUCGGAACUUGCGCUUGCACCUCUAUAAGGACACAGACAAGAAAAGGCGCAAAGAAAAGAGCAACUAUGUGGGCAUGGUGAACGUGCCUAUUGCCAGCAUUAGUGGGCGCCACUUUGUGGAGCAGUGGUACCCGGUUUCUCAGCCCACAUCCUACAAGGGGAAGAGCAGCUGUCCCUCCAUUCGCCUAAAAUCCCGAUACCAAACCAUGAGCAUCCUCCCCAUGGAGCUGUACAAGGAGUUUGCAGAGUAUGUCACCAACAACUACCGGAUGCUGUGCGCUGUACUGGAGCCUGUGCUUAGCGUGAAGAGCAAAGAGGAGGUUGCCUGUGCUUUAGUGCAUAUACUGCAAAGCACAGGCAAGGCCAAGGACUUCCUUUCAGACAUGGCUAUGACCGAGGUUGAUCGCUUCCUUGACAGAGAGCACCUUAUUCUCCGUGAGAACACACUUGCAACUAAAGCCAUAGAGGAGUAUCUGAAACUGAUAGGACAGAGAUACCUCAAGGAAGCCAUUGGUGAGUUUAUUCGGGCACUGUAUGAGUCUGAGGAGGACUGUGAGGUUGAUCCCAUGCGUUGUCCACCCUCUGCAUUGCCCGAUCACCAGGCCAAUCUCAGGAUGUGCUGUGAACUCGCCCUUUGCAAAGUCUUUAACUCUCAUUGUGUGUUUCCUCGGGAGUUGAAGGAAGUCUUUGCAUCUUGGAGGAUGCGCUGUGCAGAGCGCGGCCGGGAAGAUAUAGCAGAUCGACUCAUCAGUGCCUCUCUCUUCCUCCGAUUCCUGUGUCCGGCCAUUAUGUCCCCCAGUCUCUUCAGCCUAAUGCAGGAAUACCCUGAUGAGCAAACAUCUAGGACCCUCACGCUCAUCGCAAAAGUCAUCCAGAACCUGGCCAACUUCAACUACAACAGGUUCAGCAGUAAAGAAGAAUAUAUGUCCUUUAUGAAUGAGUUCCUAGAGACGGAGUUGGCGAAUAUGCAGAAUUUCCUGUAUGAGAUCUCAAACCUGGAUUCGCUCACCAACAGCAUUAACUUUGAGGGCUACAUUGACCUUGGGCGGGAGCUGAGUACACUUCAUGCCCUGCUUUGGGAAGUGAUCCCACAACUUAGUAAGGAUGCACUUAUAAAGUUGGGGCCUCUUCCACGCCUCCUUAAUGACAUCAGCCUAGCUCUCAGGAACCCCCACAUCCAACGACAACCAAGCCACCAAGAACGACUGCCACCCCCCAAACCUGUCAUUCUGAGGGGACCUUCAGCUGAGCUGCAAAGCUACUUGGUGCGAGACCUCAACAGCUCUAUUGACAUGACUCGCCUACCCUCACCUACUAAGGAUAAACCAUCAAAAGAUAUGUUUUUUGUUUCACGUCGCCCGCUAACUCGCUCCUCGCCAGCCUAUUGCACCAGCAGCUCAGACAUCACAGAACCAGACCAGAAGAUGCUGAGCGUGAACAAGAGUGUGUCCAUGAUGGACUUGCAGGACAGCCGAAUGAAUAGCGUAACCAACUUGCAGGCCGUAGGUGAUCUGCUGAACUCCAGCCAGGCCUCCAUAUCAGGGGGCCUACGUCCGGGGGGCCGGCUCUCCCAGGGCAGUGGAUCCAGCAUUGCAGCGGGUCUGAGGCUCAGUCAGAUGGGGGUCACCACUGAUGGGCUCUCAGCUCAACAGCUACGCAUUCCCUUGUCCUUCCAGAACCCGCUCUUCCACAUGGCUCCCGAUGGGCCUGGUGGGCCCCCAUCUCAUCCUGCUCCUCAUCGACCAGACCCCGGAGCUGAUGCCUUUGCCCCUUUCCAUGGGUAUAGCAAGAGUGAGGACUUGAGCUCCGGAAAGCAUAUGCUUCACAGUCACAGCUACAGCGACGAAUUCAGCCGGCAGGGGUCAGAGUUCAGUAAAAGGCAGUUAUCCCUCCAGGACAAUCUCCAGCACAUGCUUUCACCCCCUCAAAUAACCAUUGGCCCUGGAGUGCCACGAAGGCAAGACUCACAGCCUCCCCCUUUGCAGAGGGGAAAAUCCCAACAACUGACGGUGCAGGCAGCGCAUAAACCUCGGCCAAGCAGUGGCAACCUCCUACAGAGCCCAGAACCAAUGUAUGGGGCAGCAAGAAUUAGGCAGCAGUCAGUUGAAAAGGAUGCAGGUGGCUUGAAACCAUCAAUAACCAAGCAGCACUCCCAUGCACAGGCCACUCUGAACCCUGUCACUCCAGCCUCAGAACGCACAGUUGCCUGGGUAUCCAACAUGCCCCACCUUUCAGCAGAUAUUGAGAGCGCUCACAUAGAACGGGAGGAGUAUAAGUUGAAGGAAUACUCUAAAUCAAUGGAUGAGAGCCGUCUUGAGAGGGUGAAAGAGUAUGAGGAAGAGAUUUACUCCUUAAAAGAGAGGCUGUUGAUGUCAAACCGGAAGCUGGAGGAAUAUGAGAGGCGUCUUCUUACACAGGAAGAACAAACUAAUAAGAUGAUGCAGCAAUAUCAGUCACGCCUGGACCAGAGUGAAAAGCGUUUGCGACAGCAGCAGGUUGAGAAGGACACGCAGAUAAAGAGCAUCUUAAACAGGUUAGAAAUGGUAAACUGAUGCGUUGCAGGUGGCUGCAAUAUAAGAAGUGCACAUUCAACCAAUUUGAAUUGUCUGUGUGCACUACACUGAACAUGGAGAAGAGAAAAAAAAGCAGAGAAGUCCAUCUCCUGUGACCACCAUAUGCAGUGUUAUCAAGGUGGUUGAAGCCCAUGGCAUUUUAACUUAUCUCCCUAACUUUGGAUACAAGAGAGAAAUUGAUCAUAUAUUGCAGAGAAGGAUUGCUCUUAUUGCGGUACCUCCAUCAAAUGCCUGACAUUCAAGCUGAUCUUCAGAUACAAGGUGCCCUAGUUUAAAUUAGCUCCUUCCUUUGCAAACACAAUGAAAUGGGUUUCAAUGGGAAAAGACCCAAGAUGACCCCACUGCUGACAAAGAAACAUAAGAAAAUGGAACAGUACACCAGCAUACCUGAACAAGGCACAAUCCAUUUGGGACAAUGUGACAUGAAUAGAUAAAUCCAAAUAAUAGUUUUUUGGUGAAGCAAAAAGAUCUGUUUGUUUAUAAGAAAAAACGAAGCUUUCAAAAAAAGAACCCAUCCCUACAUGAAAGAGGUUUGCUAGGGGUUGCUUUGCUACCCCUGGAACUGGCUGCCUUGAGUUUCUACAUGACAAUAUAAACAAAGCCAAUUUUGAGCACAAUACUAAACCCAGUGUCUCAGGGUCUCUGUCACAGAUCAUGGGUCUUCCAGCAGGGCGGUGACACCGUUCAAAAAGAACCCAGGAAUAGUUAAAGUGAAGACUCUGAAUUGUUCAGAAGUGGCCAUCAAGUCCAGAUCCUGAUCCACUUGAGUACUUGUGGCAAAAUCUAAAAACACUUUUGGGAGAAGGAUCCUCCACAUGAAAGACUGGGAGCUGUUUGAAAGGAAUAAUGGCCCAAAUCCACAGUAGAGCAAUGUAGGACUAUCAUUAAUGGCUAUAGGAAGUGACUGAUGUUAGUUAUACUUUUUGAACAGUAUGCUACCAAGUAUUAAGCCUAGAAUGUCAUUAAUUGUGUCAAUAUUUUUUUCAGGUCUGACAGAAUACGUUAAGUUCUGAAUAGAAUAACAAGGUUCUGUUUAUUGUCAUAUAAGUUCAUGUACAUAUUUGAAAAAAAGUGCAAAGGUGCCAGUAUUUUUGGCUACAACUGGCUACAGUACAUUAUGACAUUUUGUCUUAUUUUCUUAGUGAUCUUCUGUAGGAACAAUAUACUUUCUAGAUAUACAAUAAUAUAUAUAUAUAUAUAUAUUACACACACACAUAUAUGUAUAUUUAAUAUAAGUAUAACUGUUAUAUGGUUGGUAGUAUCACCAGAAACAAAAAACAACAGAGACAAAAAACGUAAUAGCAAUAUUCAGUCUGCUGCUGUGGCCACUGAACAUAGCAACUGGAUUGGAGAGAUAAAACAGAAAAAACAAUUAAAAAAAGCAACAGAUUAAAAAACACUGGUUGCUGUAGAAAUGGGCAGGUACUCUAAAAUUUCAUUACCACUCAGCAAGUCUUUAACUUAAAGUGUCUUUAGUGUGUGAAUUGUAGUUUCACAUUAUGUGUAAAGUAAAUAGCCAAUCAAAUAUAUCAUUGACAACCUACAGCAAAAAAUUAAAGGACAAGGAAAGCCCCCAAACCCAUAAAUACAAAAGGCAGUCCACCCAAGUCCAUGCUACACUUUUUCCAAAUUAAACAGAUUUACUUUUGAUGUACUGAUCUGUCAAAUGUUGUGUGCAUUUCUCACAAUAAACCCACCACCUUGGAUCUGCCGUCAUCACUAUCUUUUCCCUUUAAAGAUUCUUCUCCCCAUGCACAACCCCCACACGUCAUCACCUCCUAAAAUCUAUAAUGUAGUUAACAUUCUUGUAGCCAGGGGUAAUCUUUCUGCAUGUUUGCCAAGCCCAAGCCCAACUCCAGGAAAGUUCUAAUAGAAAUAAGAAGUGAUGUUCUCUACUCUUUAUAAAUGAAUUCUUUCUGGAAGAACUACAGGGAAAAGUUUAUAAGAUAAAGAUAAUGGGGGAGGAAUAUUUAUUCAUUUUAAAGGGUAAUAAGUUUUGAGAAGUUUCAUGUGUACAAUUCAUGUGCACAAUAUGUAUAACAGGUGGUAGGUGGUAUGGAAAAGGCUGCCUUGUACCCCAUUCUAGUUUCCAAAGUAAAUGACCCCCUGUGAGUUUUAUAUGUGUAUGCAUAUGUGUAUGCAUGUGCUUAUAAGGUGGGAGAACCAAGGGAAAAAUGGAUCCAGAGCCUUUACAGAAUACAGAAUAUACAGUAUGCAUGCCCUUAGUGGGUUGUGUUUUGCCCCCACCCAGUUGAGCAAGAUGUGUGCAUAAGUGACAAUGGUUAAGAGGUAAAAGGGAACUCAUAAAUCAUAAAAACUCCUGAAAGGGUUAUCACUAACAGAGUAAUUCAUUUUUACUUUAUUAGAUAGACUGACAAUACUCUUUUGUAGUAAUUUUGUUUCUCUAAUAAUUCUUUUUAGGGUGAAGACACACAGAGCUAAUUAGUAGCAGCUACUUGUCACGGCUACUAAACGCCAGAAAAUACCCUGCCAUACACUGUACUGAGAAUUCUGUGCUAAAACACAGUUAGGGACAAUUAUCAGUAAAUUAUCAGAAUUUGCUGGCGCUAUAUAAAUAAAUAAUGAUGAGAAUGUCUAUUUUAGUAGCCGUGACAAGUAACUGCUACUAGUAGCUCCAUUGUAAUAAUUCAUCCAAUUAGUUUAAUGAAUCAUAUUUAAAAGUUUUUAAUCUUUGAAAACAGUGAUAGGAAAGUGAAAUAAAUAGCAGGGUGGAGAUGCCCCAAAUUAACUACAAGCUGAAAUGAUUGCCAUCUAGUCCCUGGUGAUUCCACCUUGCAGGAGAAGUCCAGUCUCAAAAUACACCUUUCCUAACUAUUUUAUUGAAAUUAGCGCAACGCAUUUAUGCUAAAUCUUGGGGUUACAAAAAAUAGUCUAAAAAAAAUAUGAUCAUUUACACCACUACCAUGCAAAAUACAUCAGCACCUGAAUUGUAUUUUACAAACUUGUAACAAAGCACCAAGCUGUUUACAAAGCACUUUAAAAGUUACAAAAUUACUAGACAAGGGGUUUUGUUUUCUGUCUAUCCAAUAAGAUUUAGAUUAUAUCUUGGUUUGAGUCAAGUACAAUGUACUGUUUCAUUAUUACAGAAAAAAAGGAAAUCAGUUUUUUAAAUUUGAAUUACUGGAUGAAAAUUAAGUUUAUGGGAGAUGGCCUUUGGGUUUCUGGAUAACAGAUCCAUACCAGUAUUUGCAUGUUGUACACUUUUCUAUUCAAAUUCACGUAUAAAGAAAUAAAUAUCUUUCCUCAAUUCCUUAUGGCAGACGGUAAGGACAGAGUGGCCUCCAUCACUGUGCUCUGCACCUAAUGUAAAGCACAGCCAGACCCUGGAACCUAAAUGCCCCUGUCAGGACAAUGGCAGAUUAUGUUAAAGGAAACCUGGGCUCAUAGUUUUUAAGGGGCCAGCAGGGUGGGAGAAGAUCAUGGGCAAGGCUUAAGCAGAUCAGGGGCAGAGAUCAGGUGGUUUGGGGGAGGGGUAUUGCCCAGGCCCUUCACUGAAGUUACACCUCUGUACCAGAAUGUUAUUCUAGCUCAGACACCAAGCACCAUUAUAUGGGCUGUUGCAGAAAACAAAUAAGUCUGUGUAAUUUAAUAAUGUAUAAUGAGGUAGAAAUAUAAAGGUUAGAUACAUCUGUCUAUUUUUGUUGUAUUUUUGAAAAACUGUUACUAACCAUUGAUGUUUAGCAAUUAAGCUAAAAUAAAUGUGUUAAGUUCAUCAUUUGAGGAAGAGAGCCUAUUAUGAGACAGGGCAUUUUCCUUAGGUGGUGUUCAAAACAAGAUCUAAUAGAUUUAUACAAAUGAGGCUGUGUGAGCUCUCUAAGGCUAAGUAAAAUAAAUGGAAAUAAAUUUACAAUAAACAUCCAAAAAAUGG